AUGGAGAUGACGAAUGUGAUUGCUGGGCCCGCCGGCGGCAAGUGCCUGGGAGACCUCGGUGCGGACAUCAUCAAGUUCGAGCCACCAUACGGCGACAUAUCGAGGCCCGCGGGGAUGCAGUAUUUCCUUUAUCUGAACUCCAACAAGCGCUCGGUGUCUGCAGACACAAAGACGCCGGAAGGGCAAGAAGUAGCUCAGAAGAUAGCGGCUGAAGCGGACAUAAUGCUGGCGAACAUGCGGCCCGGCGCGACUGAUCGCAUGGGCCUCAGCGCCGAAAAUCUGGAACGACUCAAUCCAGGACUGAUUCAGGCGCAUACGACGGCUUUUGGCUGGUCGGGACCGUAUGCCCAUCGUCCCGGCGUUGACCCGCUGGCGCAGGCUUGGAUGGGCCUGCAGUUCGCGCAGGGUGGGCGCGGCAAUCCGCCGGUAUUUCUCGCUCAGCUUGCGCCGACCGACUUUUCGUCCGGCGGCAUGGUCGCACUGGGGGCGAUAAUGGCGCUUUACGCGAGGGAGCGCACAGGAGUCGCGCAGAAGGUGGACUGCAACCUGCUGAACUCCGGCGCUGUGCUGCGAGAAGACGAUUUCCUGCGAUACGAAGGCAAGACAUCGCCGCCUAUUGCCGACGGAGGGCAAUACGGGCUGAGCGCCCUGCACAGGCUCUUCGAGACUGAGGAAGGAUGGCUACCUCCUUCUGACGACCGAUUUUCCUCUUCGGCAAAGCGAGUGGAGCACGAUGAUAUCCUGUGGGAUAUUCUCACCGAGGCAUUCGCGCAGGGGAUGGCGUAUGAGUGGGUGCGCCGAUUGAGGAAGGCGGGAGUGCGCUGCGCCGACGUGACCGAGCGGUACAAUGUGGGCUAUUUCGAGGACGAACACGUUCUCGCAAGCGGGAUGGUGGCUGAGUACGACCAUGUUACUUACGGCAGAAUGCACUACUUUGCGAACGGCAUCAUGUUUGGGGAGACACAGGGUAUCAAUGGCAGACCUACGCCGCUGCUCGGCGAACACAACCGAGAGAAACUGGCGGCGCUGGGCUACUCGCAGUCGGAAAUAGAUGAGCUUUACGAAAAAGGCAUCCUUACCACGGAAGAGCCUCGCAAAGCGUAA